AUGCAACGAAAGGAGAAUGAAGAAGAAAGGAAUCUGAGGAGAUCGCUUGUAGGAAUGAGAUGCGAGGAUCAAGGACGAAGAGAUAAAGAAGGAAAAAGAUGUGAGGAUGAAGGGAAACGUGACGACCCAAAACUGAGCUUCUCAAAGCAUUGUGGGCAAUUCCGACGAGGAUCUGUUAGAGAAGAAGAGAUAUUAAAGAAGAUUACUUCGACAAAGUUUCCAGCGAGCUAUGUUCCUCCUGAACCCGUGUUGUCUCAAGAAGAAUUUGAAAACGAAGUAAAUCUCAUGAUGGUAGAUGUUAUGGAUACUAUGGAUGCAGAACCCCCAUCAUCCCAUGACCUUAGUAUGAAUUAUACUCCUUCUAUUGGUAAUUUCAUUUUAAAUUACUCUAACCAGCUAGACUAUUGGUAUGAGAUUGAAAAUAGUUUUUAUAAGAAGAAAUUUAGGAUAGAUUACUUCACUCAGUAUGACAAGAAUACUCAUUUCUUCCAUGAUACGGUAAAGCUUCGUAAUAUGUAUAAUACUAUUCAUACCAUAAGAGACGAACAAGGAAACUGGCUGGAUAAUAGAGAACAAGUACUUUCGCUCCUGUCUUCCCAUUUCAAAAAAGUCUAUAUCUCUUCUAAUCCGAGUAACUCUGAUUUAGAAGCUGCUUUGUGUAAUCUAAAACCGAUUGUCACAGAUGAUAUAAAUAGUUCUUUAAUUUCUAUUCCUUCUGAAGAUGAAAUUUUUAAUAUUGUGAAUAUGGAUCCUUGGAAUUCACCGGGCCCUGAUGGUUUCCCGGCUGGUUUCUUUAGGGAUAAUUGGGUUGAAACUUCUCAAGAGGUGAUCUCUCAUGUUCAAAACUUUUUCAAUACUAAGUACCUUCUUAAACAAAUGAAUCAUUCCUUUAUUACGCUAAUACCUAAAGUUAAAAGCCCAUCUACUCCCAAUGAUUUCACCAUUAGUUUGUCGAAUACUAUAUAUAAGAUCAUUCCUAAGAUAUUAGAAAAUAGGAUUAAACCUCUAAUGGAUUCUAUCAUUUAUCCUUUUCAAUCGGCUUUUAUUGCAAAUGGGCAGAUCCAUGAUAAUGUUAUUAUUAGUCAAGAGAUUCUCCAUUCUUUCAAAAAGAAAAAGAAGAAAGUUAAGAAUGGUUUUAUGGCUAUCAAGCUUGAUCUCUCCAAGGCUUUUGAUAGAUUGGAAUGUCCUUUCAUUAUUUCUGUUUUUAAGAGGUUAGGUUUUUCUGAUGAUUGGUGUCAUAUGAUAUUUCAGUGUAUUAGCACAGUUUCGUACUCUGUUCUGGUCAAUGGUUCUCUGGGAGAAAUGUUCUUCCCCUCUAGAGAUGACUGCAUGUUAUUUUGUAAAGCUUCUCUCACUUAUGCUAGAAAUCUCAUGAAAAUCAUUGAUGUUUUUUCUAAGGCUUCAGGACAAGUCAUAAGUUUUGAAAAGUCAGGUUUUAUAACAAGUUCAAAAAUGCAUCAUAAACACAUUAAACUUUUUUCUAGAACCCUUAACAUCAAAUUUUUAAGUAAUUCUGAAAAGUACCUUGGUACGCCUUUGUUUAUCAAUAGGAAUAAAGUUAGGUCUUUUCAAUUUAUAAUUGAUAAAUUCUAUGAUAGAUUGAGUUCCUGUAAAAGAAUAAAUCUAAAUGUUGCUGGUAGGAAUGUGGUAACUAAACAUGUUCUCUCUAAUCUAGUUGUUUAUCAGAUGUCUUGCUUUCCUCUUCCUAAAAAGAUUACUGCGAAGAUUGAUUCUAUACAGAGAGCUUUUUGGUGGUCUAAGAAAGAUCCUAGACAUGCUUCUUACUUUAGUUCUUGGGGAGACAUUGUUAAGUCUAAACCUUGUGGAAGUCUUGGAAUUAGAAAUACUUAUGCAACCAACAGAGUCUUUAUCUGUAAGCUAGGUUGGAGAAUUGUUCAAAACCCGGAACAGUUAGUUUCGGUAUUUUUAAUAAAUAAGUAUUUCCCAAAUCAGAAUUUAUUGGAGAUUGAUAAAGCUGCAGACUCCUCUUCUUGGAUUUGGAAAGGUAUUGUUAAGGGUUUGGUCUUCCUUAGAGAUAACAUAGUUAGAAAAAUUAAUGAUGGGUCCUCAACUAAUAUUUGGACAGAUAGUUGGAUACCAUAUGCUACUUCUCCUCCCAUAUCUAGUAAUCCUAAUUAUUCAGAUUAUAAACUUGUGAAGGAACUAAUAAAUGAACAGAAUAAUAGUUGGAAUGUUAACUUGUUAAAUGAUUUGUUUUCUCCUGAAGAUGUUAUUAAAAUCAGAUCCAUUAGAAUAAAUGUAGAUCAAAGUGAUAGAAUUAUGUGGGCUCAUACAAAGAAUGGUAUGUUUACGAUUAAAUCUGCUUAUAAAGUUUAUGUGAAGGAAAGUUACACGAUUAAGGAGUCUUCUUUUUGGAGAAAGUGUCUUAUUGCUUCGCAUAUCUGGUUUGGUUUGUCUUUCCAACAUUUAAUUUCAGUUGAUUUGCAAGGGAUUGAUGAUUACUUUCUAUAUUGGUUUGAAAAUGAUUUGGGUGAAUCUCCGUAUGUAGCUAAUUGGCCAAGCAUCGCUGCUGUUAUUAUGUGGUGUAUUUGGAAACUUAGGUGUGAUGUAGUUUUCAGGAAAAUAGCUAUAGAUUUAAACAAGGUCAUUCUGGAAGUGAAAAGAAUGAUAAACUCUUAUAUUAAGCCUGCCAGUCAUGUUCAUUCUUGGAAUAACAUUAUUAAGACUUUCAGUGAAGAUGUAGAUCAUUUCUUUUUUGUUGAUGGUUCUUAUAAAAAAAUUCAUAUGGGUGUGGGUGUUAUUUGGUGUGAUGUUGCAGGAACAAUAAGGGGUAGUCGAGCUGACUUUGGAUUGUUUCCUGAUGUCGUUGGAGCAGAAUCAACUGCGCUUUUUUUUUGGUUGGUGGAUUUUGUGAAUGGAGAUUGCACAAAUGUUGGGUGGUGGAGUAGUGAUAUUAUGUCGGAUUGUCGGAGUCUGCUAUCUAGUCUUAGAACUUUUAAACUUAUGUAUAUUAAGCGUGUUAAAAAUAGACUAGCUGAUCGGCUUGCUCGUUAUGCCAGAAAGUUUUGUAUUAAGAACGAAUGGGUUCCCUUUCCACCUUUUUCGGAUGCUUUUGCAAGGGAGGAACCCUUGGUAAAUGUUUGUAAUUCUCUUUUAAGUUAA